UACUCCAACCACCUCGUGCCUUAGAGGAAUUACGAGAAGCAAUGGAUAAAGACGAAUUGAAAACAUUCCUUACUAUUCACAUCAGAGAAGGUGCAUGGCAAGUGGUGCUGCUGUUUAUGGAUGAGCUCCCUAAAUAUAAACUACCAUGGGACUGGUGUGGUAUAAUUCUUAUCAAGGACGAGGACGAGGAGGUAUCUAAUGAAGUGAUAUACAGUUCGACGUCAGGCAUAUUGAAUGGGUGGCCAACACAUUACGACCCUAGUUUGGAAACACUGUGUAAAGUGAUCACCAACAAGGACUGGAAAGUAACCAGAUUAAUUCUCUCUCUGAGUCGGAUACCUGAUGAAGGUUUGAAGAACUUGAGUACAGCGCUUACUCAGAGUGAACUUUACAGCUUGACACUGUAUGACAUUGGUUUACAAAGUCAAGGAUUAGAACACCUGUGUAACGCGCUAACCAGCGUCAACUGCAGAUUAACAAACCUAAAUGUCAGUAACAAUCAGUUGGGAGACAACGGAUUGAAACACUUGUGCGAUGCAUUGACCAGCAGUAACUGUGCUUUAACCAAGUUAAUAGUCGGUUUUAAUAGAUUAGGAGAUGGAGGAAUAAAAGAAUUGUCCGAAGUUUUAACCAAAGGAUUCUGUACAUUAACAAGUUUAGACAUACGCGGCAAUGAAUUUGGAGAUGAAGGAAUCAAGCACUUGUGUAAGGCCUUGACUGAUACCAAAUGCAAACUACGGAGCUUAAACCUCCGGGCAAAUUGGUAUGUAACAGAUGAUGGAAAAAAAUAUUUGUCUCAAAUGUUAACUGGUACUGACUGGGAAGAUGAAGGAGCUCUACGACUUUACCGUUCGACUACAAAGGAGACCAAGGAACAAGUCAGUGACACAGUGCCGUGACAGGUUCCUCCUGUUAUGUUUCGCUUGUCAUGAAAUAAAUUCCAUUUUUAUAAAUGACAACUUAAAGAUUAUUGUUCAAGGUGAUUAAUUCGAUGACUGACCUUCUAGUCACUAUCACUUGUUGAACGGAGUAUUAAAACUGACCAGCAGUGAGGCAGUCGAAACAUCGCGAUCAAGAAUCAAGGAAUGACUCGGUAUCAUGACACAAAUGAUUAUUAAACGUUCAUUGUUGGAUAGACGAAUUUCACUGUUUUAAAAAUUAGACUAUAAAUGCAACUGUAAUUUCGUAUAACAGAUCUGUUGGUAACAGUGUCAAAAUUUUGUAAAAAAUGUUUUGAGCUACAGGCAAUUGGUUAUACGGGUGAUAAAGCUGUAAUAAGAUGCCAAGAAUAUUGAAUGAUAUUUUGAUAACCUAUCUAAAGAAUAUCGUUGUCUACUAAAAGAAAACUUUGAAAAGACUACAUGAAUUAGUGACGUAUAAAUAAAAUAACAACAUAUUUUCUCAAU